AUGCACACUCUUAUUUUACAAAAGUCUGAUAAUAGUUCAUCACGAGACUUGUAUAAAGAAGCUUAUAUCCACGCCUGUAAGGCUAUUCAACUAGAUACCAAUGCAAGAUAUUCAGAAGCAAAAAAUGCCUAUUCGAUUGUCAUAAAAAACUUUUCAACAUUACUUUCAUUUGACGACAUUGAUUUUGACAGACAAAAGUUGAUUCAAAAACUAAAUGAAUACAAGCAUCGUAUAGAACAACUUGAAAGAUACUUGGAUGGCAUAAAGCCAACUAGAAAAAAUACCUCCAUCUAUAUUAAUGAAAACUCACCUUAUCAAAGCAGACGAGAUUUAUUCGAGACAGAGAUCGAGAGAAGUAUACAAGACGAAUGGAUAGAGAAAGCCAAGUUCUCUUUUGAUCAAGCCGAGCUAAAUGAAGAAAAGGGCAAUACAGAACACGCGUUAGAUUAUUAUUCAGAUGCAGCUGAGCUAUACCUCAAGGCGUUUAAGGAAUACCCCAACGAUACAGAAGAGAAGCUGUAUGCACGACAAGAGUUUAUGAAAGCGAUCGAUAAAGCUGAACAACUCAAGGCCCAACAACAGAAAGCCACGCAGUUUCUUUCGCCCAGAACACGGUCGUCCUCGUCCGUAUCGUCAACGAUGGAUCAAUUAUCGAACGGUUCGCGUCGUCGUUCGUCUAGUACCUCUAUUCAACAGCAGCCGACAGACGACGUCAUGACUCAAAAGCUAUCAGCAUCCGAAAUUGAAGUAUUAAAGCACACCUCCAGCGUAAACAAUAACACCUUCUUACCAUGGAUUGAUGAAACCGAUCUCAAGGAGCAGUUUUCUUAUCCUACUAAAUUUCUCGACCCCAUGGGAUCUCUUGCCCUUUCUGAGAAACAACAAGAGAAGUUUGGAGGCUGGAGACGUCCUUGCGAUAUUAUGCGGCAUCCAAAACUCAUUUGCUGCAUAUCGAGCACGAGUAUUAUUCAGGAUAUAGUCACUGACUGUUCGUUUGUAGCUUCAUUGUGUGUGGCAGCAGCUUAUGAACAAAAAUUUAAGAAGCAGUUAAUCACAUCCUGUAUAUAUCCUCAGAAUAAACAGGGUCUACCUUGCUAUAAUCCUAAUGGAAAGUACGUGGUUAAAUUGGUGUAUAACGGUAUAGCUCGAAAAGUUGUGGUAGAUGAUCUAUUGCCUGUCUCAAGGGAAGGUACUCUGAUGUGCACAUUUUCAACUACCAAAGGAGAGCUAUGGGCUAGUAUUAUAGAAAAAGCAUACAUGAAAUUAAUGGGUGGAUAUGAUUUCCCUGGAUCGAACUCUGGCAUUGAUCUACACUGCUUAACUGGCUGGAUUCCAGAGCACAUCUUUAUUCAUGAUAAAUACUUUGUGCCAGAUAAUGUCUGGGAUAGGAUCUUGGAUGGUAUGAAGUAUGGCGAUGUACUAGUUACUAUAGCAACAGGAGAGAUGACAGAGGAAGAGGCAGCACGUCUUGGCCUUGUACCUACGCACGCAUACGCUGUCAUUGACAUUACAGUGAUUCAUGGAAAACGUCUGUUACAAGUAAAGAACCCUUGGAGCCAUAAGCGAUGGAGAGGACCUUACAGUCAUCUGGACAGUAACAUUUGGACUGCUGAGUUAAGAGAGGCGCUUUCCUUUGAUCCUGAUGCAGCAGAGGAAAAUGAUGAUGGUAUCUUUUGGAUAGACUAUGAAUCUGUAUGCACACAUUUUACAUCUAUACACUUGAACUGGAACCCAGAGUUAUUUACUCAUCGAUGGGUACUUCACUCUGUAUGGCCUGAACAUGUGGGGCCCAAGAAGGACGUUUAUAGUUUGGCUUAUAAUCCUCAGUUUAGUCUAAAAGUAAACGUACCCGACAAAAAGCCAGCGGCUGUGUGGUUGUUGCUGUCCAAACAUAUCAUGGUAACAGAAGAAAACACAGACUAUAUCACGCUACAUGUUUAUAGCAAUACAGGAGGAGAAAGAAUAUACUACCCAGACAAUCCGUUUAAAGAGGGUACCUAUGUCAACAGUCCCCAUAUCCUGGUCCGAUUUAAUGCACCACCAGGUGAAAGUGAUUAUACCAUCGUUGUAUCUCAGCAUGAAAAGGAGAGAUCACUUUAUUUCUCUAUUAGAGCCUACUCAUUAGCGCCGUUUAAACUACAUGAAGUACCCAUCAAAUAUUCGGUUGAGAAAAAGAUUCAUGGACAAUGGACAGAGCAAACGGCGGGUGGAAGUGCAAGCAAUGUAACUUAUCUAAACAAUCCUCAAUGGAAACUCACAAUACCUCCUACACCAAAUGCAGAACUUUUAUUGAUGUUGGAAGCACCAAAAGGCUUUGCUAUUCAUCUGUUGCUUGUUGAAGGAGGUAAACGAGCAUCUAGUGUAUCUGUACGCGACAUAUUGGCCGAAUCUGGACCCUAUCGACAUGGAUUUUGUUAUUGUCAAUUGGAUCAUAUCAGAUCGGGAGAUUAUACUAUCGUUGCAUCCACUUUUGAGCCUGAUCUCUUAGGUAAAUUCAUACUAACAGUUGCAAGCACAACGCAGUUAUACGUAGAACCUAUACCAUUAGAGGGAGCAGGCAUGUUUAAAAAAGUUAUUCAUGGAGAAUGGAUUGUUGGGUAUAAUGCCAUGGGUUGUCCUAGCUUUGGCAACUACAGCAAGAAUCCUCGUUAUUUGCUUGAAGUACGCGAACUAACGACAGUCAAGGUACGCCUUCAGUCUAUCAAUUCAGAAUCUGUUCCUUCAAUGAAUGUGACAAUCUAUGAGAAGCAUCCUACUGAACUAUUUGGCAAAGAAGUGGCUACCUCAGGACCUUAUACCAAUGUCACUCAAGGCGUUGCCACGAAUGAAGUUGUUCUCAGUCAAAGUGAAACUGGAUAUAUCAUUGUUCUGGCCACACAUGAUAAAGACGUUGCUGGAGAGUUUACAGCUAUUGUGUACAGUGAUCGUCCGGUAAAUGUGACCAAGGACAGAUAA